AGGAGGCUGCAGUGCAUAGUAUGUGCGCUUUCUUUAUUAGACUGUGACCUCCGAUAAUAACACCGCAGUACACCCGCUUUACAAGCGGCUCUCGGUGUUUAUAACUGCGUGAAUCAACGGAAACGGUAACUGGAGGCAAGGCAUAAUUACUGCAAGAAAGGCUCCAUAGAGAAAAAUUCACCUUUAUUAGAUCACCUGGGAAAUACUUCCGUCAAGUACACUUCUAGAAAAUCUGAAACGCCUGCAAGUGUUGUCUUUAUUUGAAAAUAAAUGACGUCGCGGAGAUAAAUUUUCUUUUUGUUUUUUGUCGCAUAUAUAAAUAGUCGAGGACCUCACCAAAAUAUUAAAAAAAUAAAUUUUGGUUUCGCCGGGCUGGUGUUUUAGUUUCAGUCCACCAUCUUUCCAAAUUAUUCAUAAAAUAAUCAUUCAAACUCGAUAGUGGUUUUUUAGGCUUCAGAAGCUCUCUUGAAUACACACUCUAUUCAGCUGUUGAAUCAUACGACCGAGGCCCUAAGUUAAUCCUAGCCAAUCAAUGAGUCGUCGCACAAUGCCCGGAAGUGCGCUGCUUUUACGACGCAAAAAAAAAAAAAGACGCCCUUUCCAGAAUGUUCGACAGCCCGCCUAUAUAUCCUUCACUAGGCGGUUGCGCUGUGCACUCCACUACCUUCUUCGCUCUCGCGCUCUGCUUUCAUACGCUUUCCCGUGAGGAAAACCCGCGCCGGAGCUGCGCUAACAGAUCCAACAUACUACGCUAGCAUUAAGGACGUAGACCACCAUUGCUCUUGUAGUGGCCUCCAAAAUCGUUUUAGUUUAGCACGUUUGAAUAAACGCCAAGGAGAAUGAGGCUACCCGGAAAGCCGUCUGACAGAGGGGCUCUGGCAGAAAUUACUGAAGCGAGAAACGCGGAGGGUGUGCACGUAUACAUAGACGAACCAAACCGUGAUCCCCGGGGCAAGAAAUAUCGGUUGCUACUUGUCAACGCACCUCUGUGGGAUUUUAAGUACACUGGGCUUUUCUUGACAAACGAAAGCGAUCCAUGCUUUGCUGUGAGGGUGGGAACUAAGGAUGGUCAACGUUACAUUGAGAUGGGCAUCAAUAAGAAUUUAAAUUUCUACGCGUUCAUUGUUGACUACGGCAAAAAGCGGUAUCAGGUGGACCCUACUGUUCACAAGCACUCUAGGAACGCUUACUUCGCCGCGUCUUGGAAAGUGUCGGGAUGGAAAACCCCAUUUCGUCUAGAGUUCUACGUGAAUAACAAAGAAUAUUUCAAGUCCGAUCAACUUCAGCUUGAAGGUCCUAACUUCAACGAAUUGGGCGCCACCAUAGAGUACGCUGACAUGUUUCAAGGAAUAGUACCCGUGGAGCACCACUUCAUUUACAGCGAGAUUACGGACGGCCUUAGAGAAGGUUCCAGCAAAAGUGUGGUAAGCUUAUCACGCCCGAAUGGGCUUGUCAUCUUUCCCUGAACUUCUAAUAAAAAAAAAAACAUAGCAGUGCUCCAACAACAUUGAAAUCACUUGCUAUGCCGGUUAUCUUAUAUACGAAAGGCUAAGGACGUCACACUUCACGUCGCAAGCUGGCGCCGCCGUGGCAGCUUGGGCGACAGUUAGCUUUAACGGGAAACUUAUGCGGGGAGUGCUACGUGCUUCGCAUUGCUCUCAGGAGCACCUUAUCCAUUAUGUGGCUCGGAUGCUUUUAGGAGUGCAUUGUUUAUUAAAACGUAUGUUUAACGCGUGAUUAUAAAGAAUGUAUGCGCUCUUCGCUGAACUUUGCUUAGAGAGAGAAUAAACAUUUUUAUUGGGUGAAUGCAGCUUUGAAGAGGCGUCCUGAAUGCAGAAUGCCUUGAGCUCGGGCCGCGUCCUGGGCCCUCGCAAUCAGCCGUUGCUGAUCCUAGAGGUCGGCGCUGGCCAAGGCUCUCUCCCAAAACUCGUUGGUGUGCUAAGGAUUCGGAGGAUUUAAUGGUGCCCCUCUGCAACUCCCUACUAUGUGCCUGAGGGACCCGGGCUCUGCGCAGAAGCGGCAUUGCGGAGAGAAUUGUGCAGGGGCUAUGAGGUGAUUUCU